AUGAAUAUUAUGUUAAGGAGGAAAUCGGUGAAUCGUCCGCCGACGCCGGAUGUUAUGGAGAAUCAAGGAAAAGAGCCCACUUUUCAAGAGCUUAUCAACAUCGAGUUGAUUGAGAGCGGUGAAAAAGAGAGAUUAAUGGAGCUUCUGAGGGAAAGGCUAAUAGAAUGUGGGUGGAAGGAUGAAAUGAAAGCUCUUUGCAGGGCGUUUAUAAAGAAAAAAGGGAGGAACAAUGUUACUGUGGAUGACCUUGUACAUGUAAUCACCCCAAAGGGCAGAGGGACAGCAAAACCCCUCUAG